CCGCCCCCGCCCCUGCUCUCGCGAGAUGGGCGGCGCGCGGCGGGACAUCCGGGAGCGGCGCGGCAAGAUGGCGGUGGAGUCGCGGGUGACGCAGGAGGAGAUCAAGAAGGAGCCGGAGAAGCCGAUCGACCGUGAGAAGACGUGCCCGUUGCUGCUUCGCGUCUUCACCACCAACAAUGGGCGGCACCACCGCAUGGACGAGUUCUCCCGCGGCAACGUGCCCUCCAGCGAGCUGCAGAUCUACACCUGGAUGGAUGCAACUCUGAAAGAGCUGACCAGCUUAGUGAAAGAAGUUUACCCAGAAGCACGGAAGAAGGGCACACAUUUCAACUUUGCAAUUGUUUUUACAGAUCUCAAGAGGCCUGGCUAUAGGGUGAAGGAGAUCGGCAGCACCAUGUCAGGCAGGAAGGGCACAGAUGAUUCCAUGACACUGCAGUCUCAGAAAUUCCAGAUAGGAGACUACUUGGAUAUAGCAAUUACUCCUCCAAAUCGUGCACCACCCCCAUCAAGCCGCAUGAGACCUUACUAAACUCUUGCUUCUUUGUAUGAUUACAUAUUCUGUUUACUCCUACUUGCUGUUCUAAAGCAGGCUUAUUUUUUUGCUUUUGUUGCUAAGCACCUGAAGACAAAGCUGAACAUUGUAGAAGAAAGUUAACUCUUAAACCUUAACUUUUAGUUUGUUUAGAAGAAACCCCUUUAGCAGCACCAUCAUCCUAUCCCUCAUUGUUAUAGUUUGAAUAGCAAGUUAGUCUGUCCAGUGUUCAAAAGACUUCCAUGAAAUAUGACCAGGAGGAUUACAGGUGUUCUGUAGUUUUGUCUUGUUUGGAAUAAAAGUUGAUGUUAUUAA